GGUGGCAUACGGCGCAACGACGAUCUCUUGUGUGCUGUAUAUUUUCAACUUUUACAAGAACCUCCCUGCUCUAUGAUAUUAUAUUUUAAUCGAAAACAAAAUUAAUGGCACACGUCAUGAUCGAAACCUGCGUUGAAAACAUAUGUACUAGGGGUCUCGUUUUUGUACGUGAAUAUGAAUGUACGUGUUCACGGAUACUGUGAUCACGUGAAUGAAACAAAAUAAAUCACGUAAAGUUAAUACAAGUGAAUCAACGAAAGCUUAAUCACGUGAACAAGUAUUUGAAUCAUAUUCACGUGAAUACGUGAAUUAGUAUAUUCACGUGAAAACUGAAUGAUAAAUAUGCCCAAUAUCAACUAUUUUAAAUGUAUUGUUAAAUUUCACCACUUGGCCCGUUGCGUGUUUUAUCUUAUCUGGUUGUUGGAUAAGUAGUGGUGUGCUGGGAAAUUUUUCUGUGCACGUAAUAAUUAACGGUGUCCGGUUGCGAAAAUAGAACUCUAUCGUCGUUGAUAAUAAGAUAUUAAUGUAGUAUACGAGUAUACGAUGCGUUUAGUUGGAGUGCAACCAUUAAGUGAUCGCAUUCAUCAAAAAUAAAAGUUUUCUUGACAAAAUGGUGAAAAGAAAAAGUUGGGUAUGGGAUUUUGCCAAACGUGAAGGUGAUCGCGCCUUUUGCGAUUUAUGUGACGGUGAAAAUAAUAAUGAAUAUUCUUGUGUUGGCGGCACUACAGGGUCUUUAAUAAGACAUUUACAAAAUGUUCAUGGUAUGGCACCACCAGAUGAGUCAGUAAGAAAGAGGUCGAAAUUGGGGUUCAAACGUGUAUCUAAUGAUUUAGAAGUAGAUUCUACAUUGAGUAAUACAACUUUUACCGAUAAAGAUGAUGAUACAAUUCUAAUUAACAAUACUACAUCAACUUCUUCAAAUUCUGAAAAUAUCGAAAAAUCUAUACCUAGAAAACGUCGUUAUGUUCCUAAAACAUGUGGGUCAAGUGUUAAUCGAGAAUGUAAUCCUGAAAGAACAGAACAAAUUCACCAGGCACUGGCUUCAUUGAUUGCAAUGAAUCAGUUACCUAUAUCGUUUUGCUCGAGUCCUGGCCCCUGGGUUUUGUCAAUUCAUGGCUGUUGUAGAGCCUAAUUAUAAAAUAUGUAUAUGUAGAG